ACAGGAACAUUAAAGCACUAUGUAUCUGUUCUGUCCUGUUUGUGGUAAUCUUCUGACAGUUGAGGAAGGCCCCAGUUGCAAAAGAUUUGCCUGCAAUACUUGUCCAUACGUUCAGAACAUCACACAAAAGGUUGCAUCAUACACUUUUCCAAGAUUGAAAGAAGUCGAUGAUGUAUUGGGAGGAGCAGCUGCUUGGGAAAAUGUAGAUAACACUGAUGAGAAAUGCCCCAAGUGUUCGCAUCCAAAGGCGUACUUCAUGCAAAUUCAAACUCGCUCGGCAGACGAGCCGAUGACAACCUUUUACAAAUGCUGCAGUCCUUCUUGCAGCCAUCGCUGGAAAGAAUAAUCAAUAUUUAUGAUUUUAUUAUGUCAUAACUUUUGCAAUAAUCACUUUUAUCUUAA